UAAGCUUUGUUUACAGUUAUCUGAGAGUUAAAGCGAAACAAACACAAAACAAACAUAAAAUGGAUGGUGGUGUGCUCGAGGACAUGUGGACGCCGUACAAGCGUCUGUACGAUAUAUGCCAGUUGGCCAUAAGGAAUCCCAAUGAGGUCACGGCCGAUUUUGAGCUGUGCCUCAAAAAGUACAAACAGAACUUUACCAAUUUUCUGCGCAAUCCGCCGAAGAGUGAGAAGAGCCGUUCACACUUGCGCAAUGCGCUACUGGAGGGUGUCAUGCUGGCAGGGCAGUCGCGUAAAGUGGAACUCUCACAGGAAAUAAUUGAUGAGGCCAUCAUAUUGUCCGAUAUGUUUGAUUUGGAUGAGAUAUUUGCCUUGGAGCUGCUAUGCACGGCACAGCGUCAACAGGUGCAUCAUCCGGGCUUACCGCGCGGUCUGGUCGCGGUAUUGCUUUACUAUGAUGGUCGCAAGGCAAUCACUUGUACACUGCGCGACAUGUUUCAGGCUGUGAGCGGCGUUUCCUGGAGCACCGAACUGCCCAGAGAGAUGACCGCCUUGAUCAACAACUACUGCCAGAAUCUUGUAGAAGAUUCCAACAUACUUGGGCGUCUGCUGGAGCUGCUGGCCGAAAUGGACAUGGAGAGGGAGAUUAGUUUACUGACCAAAAAUCGAGCCUUUGGCUCAAAGAAGCAUCAGAAUCAGGUACUGGCCCUCUAUGAGGACACACGCAAAGCCUUGGCAAUGGCCCUAUUCCAUUGGUCCGCUCAGCGUGGCCUGCCCAAAAACAUUGCCAUACGUUUGCUGCAGCAUUUGGCCAAUACGAAGUCAACCGAUGCCGCCGGCAACAUGGACGACGUAACCCUAAUCAUGCUGAUGGCAUUGCUUUAUGCCUACGAUACCUCCGUGCUGCUGAUAACCGAAUGCGAUAGUCCGCAUACGGCACGCCUGCCCAUACUGAGCGAUCCCGAUUAUGCCAAGUGUUUCUAUGAGGCAAUCUAUGCGCAGAACAGCUGGCAGACUCAGCAUCUGGAUGCCAUUAUCAAGUAUAGCUUUGGUUUGACAUUGGCCAGUCUGCGACAAGCGCCAAGCGAACUGCAGGCAAAUGCUGGCGCUCUAAUCAAUCGGGAUGAGCAGCUAAUUGACGAGGCGCUGGCGGCAAAUGUUUUUACCUUUUUCUAUCGCCAGCUACUGGAGAAAAAUGUGGUCUAUACAACCGAAUUCAUUUAUCGUCGCCUACACCUGCUCAUCACGGAUUUUAUAGAUUUCAUGCAUGCCAAGGUAUCGGAGCUACGCGGUCGUGCGGAUGAGACAGCUCGCACGGUGAUUAGCUUUCAGAAUGAAGGGCUCGAACCGCCGCCAAAUCUGGAUGUCAAUUUUGAGCUGCUGAUGCUGUGCGUGGCCAAGUUGUAUGGCGAUAAACGUGCCACCAUCACGUUAUGCAACGAGUAUUGGGGUCCAACGGACACAACAACAGCUAACGGUGUCGCCAAUUAUGUUCAAAAUACCUCACGCGCCGUCUCACUGUUCAAGUUUAUACGCUUGGCCAGCGAGCUGCUGCCGCAAACUCUGUUCAGAUCGUACUUGAAGAUGAUUGCUGGCCUAACACGCACUGAAUUUGCGGCACGCUGCGCCUUCAAUCUGCUCAAGAAUUCGCAGAACUUGUCGUCCACCUAUGCCGUCAGCUGGGAUCAUUUCUUCAAUGCGCUCAACAAUUAUUUCAACAACAUGCGCACCGACUUUGACAGCAUGGCCAAUGCCGGAGAUUCGAUUUAUCGGAGCACUGGCAUCCCACGUAAUAUGACGCCACGUGAAACGGAACACAUGGCUGCUGUGAUGGGCAUUAUGCAGGCCGUCGCUGAGAAUGAUGAAAUUUCGCGAAUUAUGCUCUGUGAACAGGCCAAUUGGCAGACGCCGCAGGUGCUGCUCGGCCUGGUGGCCUGCUCGACGCCGGUAAUGCUUAAGGGCGAAAUUUUGUUUACGCUGGCCGCGCUCAGUCGGUCCAAGGAGACGGCGCGCACCAUUUGGUUUCAUUUGGAGGAAUCGCAAAUCAUACCCACCGUUACGAUGGUGUCCAGUGCCCAUGCCGAGUUUAGUCUGGCCGAAGAAAUUGAUCAGAAUGAGAGCCGCCUGGAGACGUACAAGCUGACCCGCGGCAUUCUGCAGCUGUUGUAUACGCUGAUGACCACACACAUGCCGCGCAGCCUAGGCUGUGGUCCGCGCAAGCCCGGCUAUGAUCCAUAUUUGAAAUUUGUCGUCGAAUCCAUAUUGCUGAAGUUCUACAAUCGUGCGUAUAAGGAUCCCACCGAGAAAUGGGCUGUGGGCACCAAAUGUCUGAAGCUAUUGUAUUUCCUGUUGGCCAGCUAUCGGCCGAAGGCCUCAGAUUUUCUGGAACAACGCGAUGAGCACGCGUAUCCGGGCUAUCACAUAAUGCUCCAGCUGCAAGUCAAAUCGGAUAUGUUGCGUCUGGUGUUGCGCAUUAUCGAGGAGGCACGCGAACGUCUCGACGAUUACAAUCAAUUCAAUGGCAAGGAGUUGCUCGAGGAGUGCGCACUUUAUGCCUUGCUGCUGCUCGAGGUGGCCCUGGCCAAACAGAAUGCUUUCUUCGAGGCGCACGCAACGGCAAAUUGUUCGAUAUUGUUGCUUGGUCUCAAUCGCAUGCUCCUCGAUCUGAAUCCGCGCAGCCGCAGUCCCGACUAUGUGCUCAAUAUUGUCAAAUUUGUUACCUUCAACAGUUGGCUGCCGCGUCAUGCAUUGGCCUCAAUUAAGAUCCUGAGCGCGGUCAGCAUGCUGCCGGAUGUGGUCAGCCAGAUAUUGAAUAUGUAUGCCCAUGGCAGCACCGAGAAGCUGGAGAUACGUCAGAGAUUUGUCGAAUGCCUCGAAAUGGAUAUGCGUCGCGGCUCGCCGCUAAAUGACGAUGAGCUGACGGAUCAAUUUAUUGGCAUUGAUCAAUUUGGUUAUCCGCUCGAUGGCAAUCUCAAUGAGACCGAUUUGCAUGUGGAUCUGGAGGCGCUCGACUAUCGCAAGCCGCAGCGCAUUGAGCUGCAGAUCAAGGAGGCCAUUGUUGAACUAUUCGAAGUCAAUCUUAGCCAGCCAAUGCCCAAUUUUGUUUACUUUCUGCUUGGCAUCGAUGUAAUACGCGACUUUCUGGGCAAUGAGAAGCAACAACUUGGUCUCGACGUCAACUGUUCCUGCAUCAAUUCGCUGGUCCUGCUGCUCGAGCAUUAUCUAGAGCAACAGCGCCACAGCGACGAUUAUUGCGAGCACACGGCCCACAUAGUCGAACGGAUUUAUCAUCUCUUUCAUGGACUGUGCGCCCAUCGUCGCACCUCGGAGGCGAUUUUACGCUACUUCCGGUUGACCUGCAAUGACUUUCUGUUGCGCCAUUUAACCGCAAUGCCGUUCCGUCAUUUUGGCGAGGAUAAUAUCUUGCAUGCGAUGAGCCAUCUGAUGAACUGUGUAUCAAUUGAAAUGAAAUUGGCCGCCACAUACGGCCAGACGACACGCUAUGCCCUGCUGUCGGACAUCCUGUUGGCCGUCAAUUCGGAGACGCAACGCAACGGUCACAGUUUGCCGCUGGAAAUGAGCAACAAUAUGCUGACACCGCCGUCAACCAACCAUUUUGGUGAUGUGCUGCCCGCCGGCCGUACAAUGUUGCAGACAACAUCGUUGGGCCUCCAUGUGAAUCGUUUGCUUGACUGCCUUACGCUGGAGACGCAAACUCUCGUCCAGCCCAGUCUGGAGUUUUUCGAUGAGCGCCUGUUGAGCAAUUUAUUGGUCGAUUGCGAGGCAAAGGGCAGCAUGGGUGGCGCCGGCAUGAUAAAUAUACACAAGCUCCAUGAUAUACUCCAUGAUGAGCUGCGUCAUGUGCAGAGCACCAUUGCCAGCGGUCAGCGUAAGUCGAUUGUCAAUGAGAUAACCGUGCUGCUGCAAUAUGCCAUCCAAUUGAAUGGGGUGCGCAUGCAGAGAUUUGCCACCUAUAGCUAUAUGAGCGCCUGGUGUAAUCUUGUCCAGGUGCUGUUCAGCAUAAUGCCCGAUACUGUGCUGCCGGUUAGUGUGCGCAAACAGCAUAUUAUCGAUAUCAUCGAGAAGAUCAUGUUGAAGGUGGAGCCACAGCAGCCGUUGAUUAAGAUCUCCAUACAGGUAACGGAUACGAUGCUCUUGCUGUCCGCCAAUUUGAGGCAUUGUUACUAUCAGCUGGAGGAUCAGCGUUCCCUUGACGAGCACGGCAAUGUCGUUUGUCUUAGUGAUAUGCCCAGCUCUGUGGAGAGCAGCAGCCAGAGGAAUGCGCACCAAAGAAGGAGCAGCAGCAGCGGCAGCAACAACAACAACAACAACACAAACAAUACCAACAAUAACAUUAAUAAUAAUAUCAAUAACAACAACAAUAAUAAUAACAACAACAACAAUAACAUGAGCAGCAACAGCUGCAGCAGCAGCAAUUUACGCUUCAUACUAAAGCGCCUCAUCGACUGGAUCAUGACCUGCGAGGUCAAGUCACAGAAGCUAAGCAUCAAUCUGUAUGCCUCGCUGCUCAAUUGCCUGCGCAUUGUGAAGCGUGUGCGGAGCGAGGCGCAAGUGGAGUACGAUGAAACAUUUUUAGCCCGCACGGACGGCUAUAAGAGCCAGCGCAGCCCAGACGGCGGGGAGAUGUUCCAAAAGGAAAUGGCCGCCGAGAUAAUUAGCAGCAUGGGCGACAAAUUGAUUGACACCAUUUGCCAUGAUGCCAUCACUGGGCACGAUGUGUGCAGCAUGCUGGCGCUCUCCUGUCUGGACCUCAUAUCCGAGCUGCGCGCGUUCGGCACGCUAAGCGACACGGUUGCCCAACGUGGCUAUUUGAAGCAUAUACUGAGCAGUCUGGCCAAAUCGGAUGAGCAGCUGCGCGAGGUGCUCAAACCAAUGCCACAUAAUCUGAGGCCGCUUUUUGUAUACGAAUCGUGCAUGGCAUUCCUAACGCAAAUGGCGCAAACACAUCAGGGCGCCACCCUGCUCCUAGCCGAGGGUGCGCUCGGCGUCCUCUCCAAUAUGAGCAUCUAUGAUAUGCAGCCAGAUAUUAAGGCCAGCGAACUGGAGCGUAAUGUUCCUGGCAACUUUAUGCCAGCCAUCGAUGCACGUUUCCGUUCCAUAUUGAUGCCGGCAUUAUCGCUAUGCGAUAGCAUCAUUGAUUCCCUCGGCAUUAGCAACAAUAGCGCCUCGUUGCAGGUGCUCAAUUUUCUGUUCGCACACAUUGAAAUGAUUGAGGGCAUGCUGCGUGCCGCAUCGCCAUUUAUGCAUUUGGGCUACCUAAAGCUGUUGGCCACGGUCACCAAUCUGUUUGCCCGGACCACAACCUACGAUGUGUCCACAAUUGAGAAGUGCCUCAAUAUCCAUCACGAUGUCGAGAUGAACAAUCGCUUGAGCCGGCUGCAACAGCUGAUGAUUGUCGUAUUUGGUCGUUUCACAAUCAAUGAGGCGACCAUACGACGCAUGCUGCAUCAGGAGCGCACCCAGACCGAUCUGCCGGACCUGUCCGAGGAGCAAAAGAGCCAGCAUGUUAAAUUCUUUUUAGACAUAACCGCCAAUCUAUCAUUGUUCUGCCGCCAUGCCGUAACCAGCCAUGUCCGGGACGGCAUCACCUCCAAAUAUCUGAUCACAACCAUGAUUAACGAUGUGACACCGCUGUCGGGCAAAUCGGAUUGCAAGAAACUGACCGCCGUCAUGCAGAUCAUAUUGAAUCAGCUGAAAGGUUCCAUUGCCUAUUUUCUGUCACAAAAAUCAAUUGCCGACAAUCUGGUGCAGCAGCGCGCCUCCCUGCCCAACAUAACAUUCGGACCCAGCGGCAAGCAAAACUAUUUGGAACUAAGCCAACGCCACAAUGAGAAACACAACGAACUGCUGCUGGCCGUUUUUAUAGCCGAACAGAAUUUGUAUCUGCUCUGGAUACAUUUGGAUUUCUAUUUCCGCAAUGCGGUCAUCUAUUCCCAGGAGAAUCGCACUUCCAUAAACGAAACCUGUUUGGAUCCCAACAACAUGUCCGUACUGAAUGCCUCUCAGGACGAGAUAACGCAGCUGAAGCAAAUGCUUAUCUCGAGUUUCAAUGAAACAUUCUGCACACAACUAAUCACUGCCAGCGAAGAAUAUUCUUUGAAAUGCAAAAACUUUAAUACCGCGCUUUUGCGUCGCAUUAAAGCGCUUGUUCAGUUUGCCCCGCAAAUCUGCUGAUGUAUUCUAUAUGUUCUUUGUUUUUUCCUUGUGUUUUGCUCGCAAAUGAUCAUUAUAAAAACCAUUCUCAUUACGCGUCUUCAUGUGUUGUCGUGUAAUUUACAUAAUAAUAUGCAACAUUUUAUAAUGAUACAAAUUGCUUAAGCCCUUCAACUGUUCUUUAAAAUAG